AGCUUGCGCUCGCGUUCGAUUUCUGAGUUGCGCUACAAUGUGCGCUCUGAACCUUGAUAUUGGUUCUUUCGAGAAGAGGUUAUCUAAAUUAUAUGCAGAUUGGGAGGACCCCAAUAGUGAACUUCAUGAUGUAGAGUCUAUAGUUGUACCAGCUGGAAAAGUGGACAGUGUUUACGGAAAAACCUUAUCACUACACAUGUGGCUUUUUGGAUAUGAGUUGCAAGACACUGUAAUUGUAUUCAAUAAGCAGUCUAUGAUUGUGUUGUGCGGGAAAAAAAAGUUGGAUUUCCUACAUCCCUUGGAAAACCGUCAUUUCGGCAAUCACACAGUCGUUCUAAUCCCAAGAAACCCAACUGACAAAGAUAAGGCAGGCCUAAAAAAACUAGUUGACGGUAUCAAGUCCGGUGCAAAGAAUAAUAAAGUGGGUCAUUUGGCGAAAGAUAAAUUCACAUCAGAGUUAACUGAAUCCUUCAUGUCAUCCUUGCAAGAGGAGAAAUUUCAACUCGUUGACAUCUCUAAUUCCAUCAGUGAAAUCCUAGCUACCAAGGAUGAAACAGAACUAAUAUUGUUGAAAAAGGCUUGCGAUAUUACAUGCAAUCUUUUCACUAAACAUUUAAAAGAGCAAAUCAUGGACGUCAUUGACUCAGAUAGAAAAGUUAAACAUGAAAAGCUUUCUAGUGGCUGUCAAAACGCCCUAAAAAACUCAAAUAUUUUGUCAGGUUUAGAUCCUGAUAAUGUGGAAAUGUGUUAUGAUCCAAUUAUUCAGAGUGGAGGGACGUAUAAUCUUAAAUUUAGUAUUGAAAGUGACACCCGGAUUCUUCAUUUCGGGGUUAUUAUUUGCUCCUUAGGAGUGCGUUAUCAGUCCUAUUGUUCUAAUGUAAUCCGUUCUCUCAUGGUCAAUCCUACAGAUGAACAGUCUGCGAAUUACACUUAUUUACAUGAUCUAUUUGAUUGGUGUAUAGAACAAAUUAAACCGGGUGUUAAAAUAGCAGAUUUCUGUCAGGCUAUUGCAAACAAAGUAUCGACUGAACGUCCUAAAUUAGCCGAAAAUCUCUUACGCAAUUACGGAUUUGUAACGGGAAUCGAAUUUCGAGACAGUAAUUUACUGUUAUCACCUAAAUCUGCAUCAACAUUUCGACGAGGAAUGACACUAAAUUUCAAUUUAGGCUUUCAGAAUUUAAUAAAUAGUCUUGGUAAAUCUCAAGCGGAGAAAAAUUAUGCACUUUGGUUAGGCGAUGUGCUAGCUGUUGGUGUUGGAAAUACCGGUGAAAAUUUAGUGUAUACUUUGACUGCAAAACGUCGACCGAAAUCAAUCAGCUUGUAUAUAAAAGAUGAAGAGGAAGAUGAUGAGGAAGAAGACGAAGAAGAAACUAGAAAUACUGGAAAAAGAGACACUAGCAAUAGAAACCCACAGAGUGCACGUUCAGCAAAUGGUACUAGUGCAGGUGCUAUUUCUAAAAAACAAUCUAUCCCAAAUGGUGAUGGCAGUACUGGUGUAAAUGCUGCACAAGAAAUAUUGGGUCGCGGACAUCGUCGUGCUAUUAUUGAACAGAAAACUCGAAAUGAACAAACUGCUGAAGAGAAACGUAUGAGCCGCCGGCGAGAUCUAUUUCAAGAACUUAUAACAAGUUCUACAAAUCGUUUAACAGGAUUGAAAACUGAUACUAAUUUAGACACUAAAAUGAAAUCUAGCAUUGCUUAUAAAGGGGCUGGUCAAAUGCCUAAGGAAGAUGAUGUUCGUAAACUUCGACUAUUUGUUGAUAAGAAAUAUGAAACUGUUAUUUUGCCAAUUUUCGGACUUCCAACACCAUUUCACAUCAGCACAAUAAAGAAUGUCUCUACGUCUAUUGAAGCUGACUAUACAUAUUUACGUAUAAAUUUCCAUCAUCCUGGUGCAUUAGUUGGCGCAAAAGAUUCAGCCAGUUUUCAAAGUCCUGAAUCAACUUAUGUAAAAGAGAUGACUUAUCGUGCUUCAAAUGUACGUCGACAUGGUGAAGCUAGUAUACCAUCGACCAAUUUAAAUAAUGCUUAUCGUAUAAUUAAAGAAGUAUUGAAGCGUUUUCGAUCACGUGAAGCGGAAGAGAAAGAACGUGCAAAUCUUGUAGAACAAGAUGACUUGGUUGUAGAUCACGCUAAAGGUUCUUUUCGUUUGAAAGAUUUAUACAUUCGUCCUAAUGUUGCAUCGAAAAGAAUAACAGGUACACUAGAGGCUCAUUCAAACGGUUUCCGUUUCACUUCAGUUCGAGGCGAUCAAGUUGAUAUUCUGUAUAAUAAUAUUAAACAUGCAUUCUAUCAACCGUGUGAUGGAGAAAUGAUUAUUUUACUGCAUUUUCAUUUAAAGAAUGCAAUUAUGUAUGGCAAGAAAAAGCAUACCGAUAUCCAGUUCUAUACAGAAGUUGGUGAAUUAACCACAGAUUUGAGUAAAACUCACUCUCGUAUGCAAGAUCGUGAUGAUUUAGAGGCAGAACAAAGAGAACGUGAAAUGAGAGAACAAAUUAAAAUGGCAUUUCGUUCAUUCGUGGAUAGAUCUGAGAAUUUAGCGCGUCGAUAUGAUCUAGAAUUUGAAACACCAUUCCGUGAACUUGGAUUUCAUGGAUGUCCUUUCCGAUCAACUGUACUACUGAUGCCUACAAGUAGUGCAUUAAUAAGUGUUGUUGAAUUACCUGCAUUCGUGGUUACAUUGGAUGAAGUUGAAUUUGUCAUGCUGGAACGUGUCAGCUUAUCGAUUCGUACAUUCGAUAUGGUGUUUGUAUUUAAAGAUUAUCAUAAAAAACCAGCGAUGAUUAAUUCAAUACCGAGUACUGCUUUGGAACUGGUUAAAGAAUGGUUACUAUCGUGUGAUAUCUUCUAUGCCGAAGCGUCAAAAUCACUUAAUUGGCCCAAACUAAUGAAAACUAUUCUUGAUGAUCCAGAAGGAUUUGUUGAACAAGGAGGUUGGUCAUUUAUAUCACCAGAUGAAGAUGACGAUGAAGAUGAAGAGGACACGGAAGAUGAAGAUGAGAAUUAUGCACCGUCAGAAAGUGAGCUAUCUGGCGAUGGUGAAGAAGAUGGAAGUGGUGAUGAGUCUAGCGAUGAUGAUGAGGAUUGGGAAGCUGAAGAAGAAUCGGAUGAACCAGAAAGUUUAGACUCAGAUGAGUCAGAAGGAAAAGAUUGGGAUGAAUUAGAAGAAGAAGCUAGAAAAGGUUUGUGUCAAGUCUAUAAUUAUUUUGACUGAGUUAAAUUAAUAAAUACUCCGAUUUGGACAAUCUGGUAAAGUACUACAAGCCCUCAUUAAGACUGUAGCUAAAAGUUCGAGUACCCUAAUUCGAGGAUAUUUUAUGGGAACAAAUGAGUUUGGUUAAUCGGACACUGAAUUCGUGACUGAUAUUUCAAUUCCUAUUAGUCUCUAUUUUGUAUACCCCUAAUUGUUCAGAAGAUUCAACUGCGUUUUUAUUUCUAAUGCUAGUUUAGUUACAUGGAUGAUUCUAAAAACAUUUGGGAAGAAAUGGUAAUAUUAAUUACAAUUUUAGUAUAUGACUGAUCCAAUUAAUUGAAGACAUGGUUUCAACAAUUUUUGGAUUUUACUUAAAACUAACAAACAGCGUUAAACAGCUAGAAAUAUUUGAAGGUUAUUUCACUACUUUUUAACAUACUUCUUGAAUUAAUUAUUGACAUAAACAGCGAUAGAUAGUGGCUAGCAGUGGAAUCCAGGCCGCUAUCUGGACUCAGUAGUUAAGUAAACAACACGAUGGCGCUUGAAGCGAACGGCACUUGGUUCGAGUCACAGAGUGAACAUCAUCUCUAGGAAGCAGGCUUAUUCAAUUAACAAGUCACAAACAGGACGAGACGCGCGUCCUGGAUUUCACUGCCAUCCAUUGUCUAUCUCUGCUAACAAUGCUCGUCACUUACGACAAUCUGCACAGAAUCCACAUAUGCCAAAAGAGACAGAUCAGUUCUAGACCCAAACACCAAUGGGAAGAUUCAAACAACCGAUACAAAUGAAUUAAAUUGUUGGCAUCUUUUUACAGAAUAUCAUUCGACUUUGAUUAAUAUGGAUUUCAUUAUAUAGUUUGUUUUCAGCGCAUAUAUUUUAUCUAAGUUUGACGAAGUGAAUUACCUUGUUAGAUUUCUAUUUGAAUCCUUUGUCUACACUAUCCCUUUCCCUAUAAUCUGUCAAACUUCAUCAUAUAUUCCAAAUAUCACUAUGCACUGCAGUUUAAGAAACCAAGUAGUAUAGCAAAUCCGUGUGACAUGUACGUGACUUAUAUUGAAAUAUAUGUGUUUUCCCAUGGGUUACUUUGUUGUUUUAAUUGCUUAUUGAAGUUUUCAAUAAAUCCUAUCAUUACUAUAUAAAUUAUCUUUAAUUAAACGGUUGUAACCUUGCAAAUGUAUUCUUCUCACAUUUGUACUACUUAGCUUAUUUCCUUUUUUUCUUACAGAGGAUGCUAAAAAUGAAAUAUCCGACACAGUGCAACCAAAGAAACGUCAACGAGCUGAUAGUCCAUCACCAGUAUCUCAUAAGAAAUCUCGUCAUGGAACAAAAUCGCCAAACAAGAAAAAUAAACGUUGAUGAAUACCAAUUUAUUUAAUUUUAUUAAACAACUGCCGGAGAAGCAUUUUUCUUGGAAUAUCUCCUAGUUAUUAAUGUAUUGUACAAAAGAAUGUUUACUAAAUAUUAACGUGCGCAAUCUUCUUACUAAGAAAAACAGAUUUAUAAAUCUAUUGUUAUUAUUAUAAUGUAUGUAUCAUUAUUUUCUCGUGUCAAAUUUAUUAAUAUACUGUUUAAAAUUCAUUAUAUAUAUGUACCUAAAU